UGUUCAAAAUCCAAUAUGGCGUAAUAUAAUACUGCAACAUCUAAACAACAACACGUUUUCAUCAUAUAUAUAUUUAUAUAAACAUUGUAUAUAACAGCACAAUGAAGUCGUGUGGCUUUGGAUUUACAAGGCAAACACUCAUUUCUUUGAAUGUUAUGUAUAUCGUUGUUGGGUUAAUCUUAAUAAUACUACCAGUAUACUCAAAAUUCAGUCAGCUUCUCACAAGUUGGCCAAUCAUUGGUGGAGCAAUAGCUAGUGGUGUCUUCCUUAUGCUCAUUGCUUUUGCUGGAAUAUAUGGUGCUGUCAGACAUAAUCAAAUUAUAUUGUUUUUUUAUAUGAUCAUAUUAAUUCUAAUUUUCAUUCUGCUGUUUGCAUUCUCGUGUGCGGCACUUGCUCUAACUGAUGAAUAUGAGCACAGGGUGUUAUCGCAUGGUUGGAACAAUCUUGAUGAUGAAAGCAAAGGAAAAUGGGAGAAAUUUGGAAACUGUUGUGGAUUUGAUAACAAGACUAGAAACUCAACUGACCCAUGUCAUGGUCGAACUAAGUCUGAGUUACCAAAUUGUUGCGGUGAUGAUGGUUGUUUGAAAUGUUCUCCGUGUUAUUCGUAUCUUGUUUCUCAUGGUUUGAAUGCAAUUAAAAAUGGCAUUGGCGGAGUCGGAAUGUUUUUCAGUUUCACGUUGUUUGUUGGAGUGGUUAUGGCGUUCAGGUUUCGACAUCAAAAAGACCCCCGAGCAAAUCCAAGUGCCUUCCUGUGAUUUUCUGCAACGUUUUGUUUCAUCAUAGUUUAGAAUGAUCCAAUCAAUAAAGAGAGUUAUAUUGUAAGUUAAUGACGCAUUCAGCAGUGGUGCUUUCCAAUUCGGCUGCCAUCCUGCCGGUUGAUUCUGCGCUUGCAAAUCAUAUUUUUCGCUUUUGCUGAAUUUUAAACAGUACUCCCUAAUCGUCGGCCAUACAAUGCAUGGAGUUGGUAACGGUCACAAAAAAAACCCAAGAAAAAAUAAAUAAUCAAAUUAGUUUGCUCUCUUUUAUGAUAAAAGUAAAUUAUGUAGAAUCAACGGAGAUUGGCGCCUAAUGGCAGAUUAUCGCGUCGUACGCAAACGAGGAUCUAUUUUGGAUGCGUUCAAGUGAUUGCUUUGAGAAUUUUGCUUCAUUUUCCAAAGCUAUUUGUAAGCCAUAGUUGCACAGAUGAAAUAAUAGAAGCCAUUAUUAUCACAUAUAAAAAUCUAGUUUUAACUAAGUAUUGUUGGUAAUAACUUGCAACCAUUUAUGAAAGGUCAACACGUUGACAAGUUCUAUGUAACAACAAAUAGUAAUAAUUAUUAAUUAAGCAAAUUAUUCUAAAUCUAAAUGUUCUUUAAAAAAGAGUUCUAUCUAAAUAAAUUUGAAUGUUUA